CAAUUGCUCUCUUCUUCAUCUCAUCACCUACACUGUCAAGAGACUCGUUAUCUUGCUAUUUCAUGCCUCCUGUGGUUUUUUGAUUGAUUGGGCUACUACAGGUAUCCUGCCCUCCACGCGAGUACGGCGAGUAUCAUGAGUUCUGUCCAAUCCGAGUCGGACGUGACUCGCGCCGCUCGCUAUGCUGUUCCCUUUGUCUUACUGCUAGUCCCUCUCUGGUGGACGCAGGUCACUUCCAAGGUCCCAGAGCCGUAUCUGGAUGAAGUCUUCCAUGUCCCCCAGGCACAGGCGUACUGGGCGCAUAAAUGGACGCAAUGGGACCCGAAACUAACCACGCCUCCUGGUCUGUAUCUGUGGUCGUACCUACUUUGUGCCUGCGCUCUUCUGCUGCGUGGCUCUCCGAAGGAGUUGGAUGCUGCAGUCUUGCGCUCGACGAAUACUGCUGCCACGUCGGUCUUUUUGCCUUGGAGGCUGCAGACUUUGUUGGAUGCCUUGAGGAAAGAGCGCAACACCCGCCCUGCAGGUGCGUGGCUGAGCCACACCGUGCUGAAUAUCUGCCUUUUCCCACCAAUCUUCUUCUUUUCCGGGUUAUAUUACACAGAUGUUCUCGCUCUUCUCGUGGUCGUUGAGGCGUAUAAUUGGGACCUUCGACGUAGUUCUGCAAGCGGAGCUACCCCCUUCAAAACCAUGGUUUUUAUUCUUUUCGGGCUUGCUGCCCUUGUUUUUAGACAAACCAAUAUCUUCUGGGUGGCCGUGUUUCUGGGCGGUCUUCAGAUUGUUCGCACACUUCACCAAUCGACCAAGGUAUGCCGUACAUCGAACUUUACUGAUGUCGUCAACAAGAGCCUCGAAAAUGAGCUCUAUGAUCCUCUGGUGGCUGAAGCAUCCAUGAUGGACUACGUCAAGGCCUCUAUCUCAUUAGCCAUCCAAGGUCUGAAGAAUAUUGGCGCUGUCUUGGUGUCUCUCUUUCCGUACAUAAUUAUCCUCGCGGCGUUUGGCAUUUUCGUGCUCUGGAAUAAUGGUGUCGUCCUCGGCCACAAAGAGUUCCAUACUGCAGGCAUCCAUCUCGCUCAGAUGCUAUACAUCUGGCCGUAUAUCGUGUUCUUUUCCUGGCCGAUUCUUGCAGUUCCUCUGUUGAAUUUGGUUGUUCCCAGCUCUUUCCUCCCAAAGGUUGUCGACUAUGGCUUUCCCAAGCAGCAAAAGGGAAUGCCAAGGAUCGCCACAAUUCUCCUUGUGACGCCUAUCAUGCUGGCGAUCGUCCAUUGGAACACGAUUGUCCAUCCGUUUACCCUGGCUGACAACCGACAUUAUGUCUUUUACGCUUUCCGAAUACUGCUCAACUACCACCCUGCGGCCAAGUAUGCCGCUGUUGUGGUCUAUUUUCUGUGUGGCUGGGUUGCCCUCUCUGCGUUUGGUUUUAUGGCUGCGUCGGCAGUCCCACGAGUUGUCCAAGUGGCCCCCUCAGUUGCCCCCUCGCCGAGGGCCGCCCAACAGCCGCCUACUUCCGUUAAAGACCAGAAGAAGGAUGUCAAGAAAAAGAUUAAGCCGACGCAGAAGCCAACACGCAAUCCAGCUUCCGCAAUCAAGGCGAGUGAGGCUCCAAGGGCACAGCCAUUUUCGCCGGAGGUUCUAGCGCAAAUCCAAUCACACAUCGAUCAGCGGCGACAGCAACAGCAACAAGGGCCAACCCGCGUCAGCUUUGUGCUUGUCUGGCUGGCCGCGACAGCCCUUUCCCUCAUUACAGCACCUCUUGUUGAGCCGCGCUAUUUCAUUAUUCCUUGGGUUAUGUGGAGGCUUCACCUGCCUCCCCAGCCGGUUCCCUCCGUCUAUAGACAACCAUCUGGCAAUGGCAAAACAUUGCCAGCGGUGUUGGUCUCCCAUCUUCCUCUUAUCAUGGAAACCCUAUGGUUCAUUGCUAUCAAUGCCGUUACAGGGUAUGUUUUCCUCUACAAGGGCUUUGAAUGGCCUCAAGAGCCUGGUAAAGUUCAAAGAUUCAUGUGUGCCAUUGAUUCUUUGGUGUCUUUCAAACGAUCGAUAACACCGCCUCUGCCACGCUCGAUUUCAAGACCUCAAUCCCGGUCUCAAUCUACCUAUUAUGUUCCAACACCUCCAAAUAUCCCUUCAAAGUCUCCAAUAUCGUCGCCCUUCCAACUCACACACAUCCGGGGGUUCCCAGAGGAGUCGGGGAACAACGUCGAUACAGUGAGACUGAAAGACAUCCUCGGGGACCCAAUGAUCCGGGAAUGCUGGCAAUUUAAUUACAUGUUUGACCUGGACUUUCUCAUGGCGCAGUUCGACGAAGACGUCCAGAAUAUCGUGCAGGUGAAAGUUGUGCAUGGAUCAUGGAAGAGGGAUUCUCCAAAUCGGAUUCGACUUGACGAGGCAUGUCCUCGAUACCCUAAUGUAGAAGCUAUAGUGGCGUAUAUGCCGGAGGCCUUUGGGACUCACCACUCGAAAAUGAUGAUAUUGCUCCGUCACGACGAUCUGGCACAGAUCGUUAUUCAUACCGCGAAUAUGAUUCCAGGUGACUGGGCCAAUAUGUGUCAAGCCGUCUGGCGGUCUCCUUUGCUUCCUCUGAAGAAAGACAAGAGUCCGUUCACAACAGACCUUACAGGGCCGAUUGGGAGCGGUGCGAGAUUCAAACGGGAUCUUCUCGCGUAUCUCAACGCCUACGGGAAUAAGAAGACCGGGCCAUUGGUAAAACAACUACUCGGCUAUGAUUUCGGUGGAGUGCAGGCUGCACUGAUAGCCAGCGUUCCUCUCCGACAGAAAACCAACGGACUCGACUCUGCGAAACAGACAAUAUGGGGCUGGCCGGGCCUGAAGGAUGCCCUCCAGCAAGUAUCUUCUAUUGCUUCACUCGGUCAAACAGAUAAGUGGCUCAGGGAGAUCUUCUUCGAGGCCCUGUCUAGCUGUGCGCCGUCUCCAUCAACACAGACUACGCAUAAUCGACCCAGAUUCUCUAUCAUAUUCCCUACACCUGACGAGAUACGUCGCUCGCUAAACGGCUAUGGGUCUGGCGGCUCGAUUCAUAUGAAGAUCCAGACGGCUACACAGCAGAAGCAACUACAAUAUAUGCGACCCCAUCUCUGCCGCUGGGCUGGUGACGGCCGACCCGCAAAUGGUGCCUAUCCUUCCGUACGAGAGGCAGGACGGCGUAGGGCAGCACCACACAUUAAGACUUAUAUCCGGUUUGCGGGGAAAGAUUCGAUCGAUUGGGCGAUUGUGACCUCCGCCAAUCUAUCCACACAGGCCUGGGGCGCUGCUCCAGAUCCCAAAGGGGAAGUACGGAUCUGCAGCUGGGAGAUCGGUGUACUGGUGUGGCCUGAUCUGUUCACAGACGGUAGAAAGCUGUCUGGCCAGCGUAGGGCGGUCAUGAUCCCGACCUUUAAACGUGAUCUUCCCGAUAAGGAUUCCCAGGCAUUCUCAGUCCAGCAGUCAAAGAUGGGCCCUUCUGACUCUGUGGUUGUUGGUCUGCGAAUGCCAUACGAUAUUCCCCUGACGCCGUAUACUGAGGAUGACCUUCCUUGGUGUGCAACAGCAAGUCACACCGAUCCGGAUUGGCUCGGACAGACGUGGGAGGCAUGACGUCUUUAGCAAGAAAGAUAGAUAUGCACUCCAUAGGAUUGAAUACAAGUAUACCAAUCCAUAAUCUCUUUAUCAAGUCAAGUUUAAAUUCUUAUCAUAAAUCUAUUUGUACUGGGCGAGGAGGGAGUCCGCGAGCUUGAUGUAUUCGGCCUGCGCCUUCUCGGCACUGAUAUCUUUGAUCUUCUCCCAUGCGGAGUACUUGUAUUUGCCCUGUAGCCAUCAGAAACCGUUCGGAACGUAUAUAUAGGGAGAGAGGGAGGGAGGGAGGUAGCGUACCUUGAUGUCGAACAGACCGGGCUGCUUGGGAGUAUCCUCGUUUCCCUGCUUGAAGUAGGCGUAGAUCUAAAAAAAAAGCAUUUAGCAAAGCAUACAAAAAAAAAGGCAUAGUAUAAGUAUUUGAUACCGAGAGGAGCUCGUUAUCGCUAGGCUUCUGCGUCAGGCCUUGCACGAUAUCACCGGCGGCGUCGAACGCGGUCUUCAACAGCUUGGCCUGGUCGGC